CGCCUCCUCCCACCCUCGGGCCACUGAGACGAAGAGACAGAGGGCCGCCCUCUCGCGGCCGAGGCCCCGCCCCCCACGCGCCCAGCCGCCCGCGCACCCCGCCCCUCCAGCGGAAGCCGGAAGCAAGAGCGGGCCCUGCUAGUCCCGCGGCUCCGAACUCGGUGGUCUUGGAGGCUCCGCAGGAUGGGGGAGAAGAUGGCGGAAGAGGAUAGGUUCCCCAAUACAACUCAUGAGGGUUUCAACGUCACCCUCCACACCACCCUGGUUGUCACGACGAAGCUGGUGCUGCCGACCCCUGCCAAGCCCAUCCUCCCCGUGCAGACGGGGGAGCAGGCGCAGCAAGAGGAGCAGUCAAGCGGCAUGACCAUCUUCUUCAGCCUCCUCGUCCUGGCUAUCUGCAUCAUAUUGGUGCAUUUACUGAUCCGAUACAGAUUACAUUUCUUGCCAGAGAGCGUUGCUGUUGUUUCUUUAGGUAUUCUCAUGGGAGCAGUUAUAAAAAUUAUAGAGUUUAAAAAGCUGGCAAAUUGGAAGGAAGAAGAAAUGUUUCGUCCAAAUAUGUUUUUCCUGCUCCUGUUGCCACCCAUUAUCUUUGAGUCCGGAUAUUCCUUACACAAGGGUAACUUCUUUCAAAAUAUUGGCUCAAUCACCCUGUUUGCUGUUUUUGGUACCGCGAUCUCUGCUUUUGUAGUAGGUGGAGGAAUUUAUUUUCUGGGUCAGGCUGAUGUAAUCUCUAAACUCAACAUGACAGACAGUUUCGCGUUUGGCUCCCUGAUAUCGGCCGUCGAUCCAGUGGCCACCAUUGCCAUUUUCAAUGCACUCCACGUGGACCCUGUGCUCAACAUGCUGGUGUUUGGGGAAAGUAUUCUCAACGAUGCAGUCUCCAUUGUCCUGACCAACACAGCUGAAGGUUUAACAAGAAAAAAUAUGUCAGAUGUCAGUGGGUGGCAAACAUUUUUACAAGCCCUUGACUACUUCCUCAAAAUGUUCUUUGGCUCAGCAGCGCUCGGCACUCUCACUGGCUUAAUUUCUGCAUUAGUGCUAAAGCAUAUUGACUUGAGGAAAACGCCUUCCUUGGAGUUUGGCAUGAUGAUCAUUUUUGCUUAUCUGCCUUAUGGGCUCGCAGAAGGAAUCUCACUCUCAGGCAUCAUGGCCAUCUUGUUCUCAGGCAUCGUGAUGUCGCACUAUACCCACCAUAACCUCUCCCCGGUCACCCAGAUCCUCAUGCAGCAAACCCUACGGACCGUGGCCUUCUUGUGCGAAACAUGUGUGUUUGCAUUUCUUGGCCUGUCCAUUUUUAGUUUCCCUCACAAGUUUGAAAUUUCCUUUGUCAUCUGGUGCAUAGUGCUUGUACUGUUUGGCAGAGCGGUAAACAUUUUCCCUCUUUCCUACCUCCUGAAUUUCUUCCGUGAUCAUAAAAUCACACCGAAGAUGAUGUUCAUCAUGUGGUUUAGUGGCCUGCGGGGGGCCAUCCCCUAUGCCCUGAGUCUGCACCUGGACCUGGAGCCCAUGGAGAAGCGGCAGCUCAUCGGCACCACCACCAUCAUCAUCGUGCUCUUCACCAUCCUGCUGCUGGGCGGCAGCACCAUGCCCCUCAUCCGCCUCGUGGACAUUGAGGAUGCCAAGGCGCGCCGCAGGAGCAAGAAGGACGUCAACCUCAGCAAGACCGAGAAGAUGGGCAACACCAUCGAGUCUGAACACCUGUCGGAGCUCACCGAGGAGGAGUACGAAGCCCACUACAUCAGGCGGCAGGACCUCAAAGGCUUCAUGUGGCUGGACGCCAAGUACCUGAACCCCUUCUUCACACGGAGGCUGACGCAGGAGGACCUCCACCAUGGGCGCAUCCAGAUGAAAACUCUCACCAACAAGUGGUACGAGGAGGUGCGCCAGGGCCCCUCCGGCUCCGAGGACGACGAGCAGGAGCUGCUGUGAUGGGUGCCCAGGCUCCGGGCAGCGGGACGCAGGAUGGGCGUUUGCCGCCCGCACACACCCAGCAGGGGCCUCCCGGAGGUGCGUGCAUUUGGCAGCCUCUUCAGGACAUGAGCGAGGCAAGCAGGGUGAAGUAGAAGCCGCGGAGUCUUCUUAACCUGGAACUUUCUAGGCCUUUGGAGCCAGUUGGCUUCAGAAACGCAUGUCAUCUCCCCACUCCGCACUGAGCCAGCCUCUGCUCUGUGUUGCUUCUCAGCCCCCAGGUCGGCGUGACCACCCAUCCUAGGUGAACACUUCCCUCUGCUUCUGCAGCCAGGUGAGCAGUCAUCUGUCAAGCUGGGUGCCUGCCUGGAGGAGGAGGAGGACUGCUGCCCAGCCUGCUGAGAGGAGCACUUGUUCGCAGUUUGUGCCAUUUGCAAGCCACUGCCUUCAUCACAGCCCCUGCUGGGACGGGCCUCUGUGCUGGCAGGCGGGAGUCAUCAAGGAGCCCCGGCUCAGCAGCAGCAAUUCUGACCUGAGUGGCAGGGCCCAGAAGUCUUGACAACCUCACUCCCCCUUUGUGAUAGCUCUGCACUCCCUGAGAAAGAAAAACCCAGUGACCUUUUUUCCUUUACCUCUAGUUGGCACCUCGCAGCCUGUCUCCCUGGGUGGCAGGCAGCCGCUGCCCUUCUCUGGGCAUAUUCUGAAUGUUUACACUGGUACCUUCUAGUAUCUUCUCUAGAGCCCCACGGGAAGCUGCAAACCUGGGUUUUGGGGGGUGGGGGUGGGAGAGUGAGCCUGGUCUGUGGGGUCAGAGCGCCCUCUAGAGGGAAAAGCUAGAGGUACCGGGUUUGUGCCCCCUGGCACCUUCCGUCUUGAUUCAGUUUAAAUUCCCGCACCCUUACAACAGAGAGCGAGAGCCUAGUAGUUGCCUCCUGCCAUCUGAUUCCCCCCUCACUGCAAGUCCCCUACUCAGUGGUUCUUUUUUAUUUUGUUUUUAUAUGAAGCGCGUCGCCUCAGUUCUGUAAAAUAGAAUGCAAGCUCCCAUCGGUGGCUCUCAUUCGUCAGCCAGCGGCCCCUUUCCCUAGGCUCUGCAACGUGCGCUCGCCAGCUUCCUGCUGCACUUCGCUGCUAACCAGGGCUCUUCCUCUUGCCCCUCUCCCAGUUCCCUACCAUCUUCCCUCCCUUUUGUCACUCAUGCCAGGGUCCCAGCUCCCCAGAGCACUGGGGCAAGGGCCAGAGCAGCAGCACAUGGUCCUCCCACCCCUACUCGGGACCCCAGCAGCCUGGGGUCAGAUGCGCGCAUACUCACCCAGCACCGUUGCUCCGUCCCGACCUCCCAGCCAUCUGCCGUGAUGAGCUGCCAGGAGUUACUGACUCACAUCCUCGCCUCGCCUGUCUUUUAACAAGCCUCAUAACUGCUCAACUCUGCCCACCUGAGGGCCGUUGACAACUUUCAUAUGUGGUUCUGGGUCCCAGUUGGAGUCCUGGAACUCAGCACACCUGGUGGCCUAAUCAUCAGUUGCAUGUCCUUGUUUCUCUGGGGACACAGUGGUCCCGUGUGGGCCAGCAUGGACCCUGGGCUGGUAGCAGGCGCAUUUCCAUGUCUCCUGCCUCAGGCAGCAGCGUGGCCCUGGAUGUUAGGAAGGACUGACCUCAGGACCCUCCAGGAUUCGUGCCAGACAUGAGAGGCCAGGCCCCACCCCUACACCUUGCCUUGCCCCCAAAGUUGUCAGAGCACGCCAGUUGGGCAGGAAGCUGUGAUGUGCUCUUAUUGCAUGAAGAGUAAAUUUUUACUUGAUAGAGCUAAAAUGUGAUCUUUUUAUGAUCUCUCACCUUAACCUCAUAAUUUGAGCCCAUGCCUUGCUUAAUUUUCGCCUCCACCAUUUCCUUUUAGUGGAAAAGACGUGAAAGAGUGGCCAGGUGGGGGCAGGGAUCUGAGACCAGGUUGUUCUCACACCCCAGCUCAGAACUCAUUUACUUUCUCUCCUGAAAUUCGGAGUCUGAUCUCACAGGUGUAAGUGGCAUUGCAAAUUCAGUAACUUGCCAGGAUUUCUUUCUUUCUUUCUCUCUAAUCUUAAAUUCACAUAUUAAGCAAUGAAGAGUCAGAUCUCAGUUUACACUGCCCCUUGUCACCGCUCCAGCUCCGAUGGCCCAACCACAUCACUCUUGGCCUCCCACUUUCAGUGGAGACCUGCCACGCCUUGCUGAUGGUGCUGUAGCAGGAGAGCACUUGGGGCUUGAAGGAGGGGCCCAGGUUUGCAGGGUGGGGUGGGAAACAUUUCCUGGGAGGUACCAGCUACCCCUGGAUCUCCCACGGGCCUCGCCUGCCCCCUGCUGGCUGCGUGCGGGUUUGGCAGCCAGGGAGAGCACUCCUCCCUGUAAGCGAAAGGCCAUGGAAGUCUAUUAUUCUGGUGGAUUUUUUUCAAAUGUUUUUUGCUGAGAAUCAAAAAUUGCUGCUGUCUACCUUUAACAUUCCCAAUAAUUACUUUGGGCAGUAAAUGCAUGGAAGAUACAAAAAUGCAGUUUAUGCCUUUCCACAUGUGUUUCCUUUUCGGUGUAGCCGCAGGACAGGAGAGCCGUAGCCCGUAGGAGGAAGUGCUUUAGGGUGAGCGGCGCUGUGGCGAAGCCGGCUCUUCAGCCCGGGCACUGGGGCUCCCCAGCAGGCUCUGCCAUGUCAGACCACUUCUUGCAAUAAACUGCAUGCGUUCCGCAACUCUGUGGUUGUAGGACCCCUCAGAACAAACACCGCCUGCAACCUGAGCUGUGAGGCCUUUGGGGAAAGGAGCUGGCUGCUCCUCGGGCCACCGAGGUCAAGCUGUGCAGUGGGCUGGGCCCGGGCCAGGCUGAGGGGGGCUCGGUUCCAUCAUCUGAUGCUCACUCAGCCCAGGGCAGAACUGAAGCCCUCGCGCCCCAGGGCAGCCACCCUUUUCACAGUGGGAGUGCCGGCUGGGCCCAGACCUGAGCCAGCCCAGAGAGGCCCUGAUUUGCCCGCAGUUUCCUUUGUGGGCCAUGGAAUGCCGAAAGAGGGGUGAGCAGGGAUCCUUCUCCUCAAAACCCUUGUCAGAGGUGCCAUCAGCAAGGUGUGGCCUUAUGCAGUCUCCAGUCCCUGUUCCCACAGGGGCCCCCACGCUUGGCAGAAUCCUCAGCAGGGCGGCUAAAGCCGGGACCCCACUUCUUUGGAGGGAGGGGGCUGGCCAGUGUGCGGGUGGGGCCUGGGGUGGCUCGGGGCUUCGAACUGCUCCCUGAUUCCAGUAUGAGAAAGAAUCUAGUUAUCGGCUUUGAUUAGGACUUUUAAAUGCAAACAAGAAAAAAUUGUUCCUCCCCCUACUCUUCAAAAUACUGGCAGAUGUCUCCCUGCUGGUUGGUGGGUAGGAAACCAGAUCUGAAACGCUCCGGAUACAGCAGCCAGAAUCACUGAGAAGUAGUUCUUGGGGACCCUCUCCAGGGCCCUAGGGGAGGUGUUUACGUGAAAACGCCACAGUCGGAAGUAAAGGCUUCAGGAGAAUGCGGAGCCACACCCCCUUCCAGUGAGGCUCCUGCGGCUUCUCAGACAUGCAGGUAGAUGUCAGAGACUUCAUGUCAUCAGCCAUGCGACAAAAGAAGGAAGACUCUAACAUCCCCUACCCACCAUCCCACAGUCCCACCCCAGCCAACACAGUCCCACCCCAGCCAACACAGUCCCCGGGGAGGCCGCUCUGCGCAAGCUUGACUGGCUUCAGGGGAGCGCGGCUGGGGGCCCUGUGGCCCGAGACUGCAGCAAAGGUGGUCGUUGGUGGUCAGAACAAGAGUCACUUGCCAGCCCUGCAGGCCCCAUAGCCCCUGCGAGGUCGCACGCAGAGGAGUGGGGGGGACUCCAUAGUGGACAGUGGGCAUGGCUGUGGCUGCUACCAAAGGCUGUCAACGUUUUCUUCAAGCAGGGCUUCUGCAAAGGCUUGAUACUUUCUCAAGGUUAAUCAAAAUCUUGUAUUCUUUUUCAUUUUGUUUGUAAAAGCAGGGUUUUUAAAAGCACUGGUUUUUUGUUUUGCCUUAAGGCCCAUUAGGAAGGCCAGGCUUACUGUUUUGUCUUCCCCAAGUGAGACGUGAGAGGCAUUGCUGGGGCUCUGGCUCCUGAGAAGUGAUUGGCUGCUCUUGGGGGGCUGUGGGUGGGGAGGGAAGGUGGGUCAGAGAUGGGCCCCUGCGGCUGUCAUCUCUUGCACAGAAGAUUCCAGGAUGGAUGGGCAACGGUCACGUCACUGGAUGCUGGAUGCUUGUUUAGAAAUAAAAGUGGCUGCUGCUGAAUCAGA